GAGGAGGGCAUUACGCUGUGCUCCACCGCAACCAACACGCACGCAGCCACAGAAGCACGAUACAAUUGCAGACGGAGGGCACUAUUCUUCACCCCCGAUAGGUGAAGUGCUUGAGUAACUGCGGACUAGUGGAAAGAUAUGCUUCGUUAACAAGGGUGGCAUGGUCACCGGCUGAAGCUUGGCGUGGAUAUGUUCACGCUGUGUCGCGCUUUCUUUUUCUGGUGUGAUACGCCAUUCGAUAGUUCCCCGGUCUUACUGUCCUUCCGUAUUUGGCCGUCAUCAUUGAACGAUACAACCGCGGAACUUUUCCUAGAGAGCCCGUCACGACAAACAAUUCAGGGACUUCUGUUUUCUUUUUCUUUUUGCCUUCUGAAAAAAAAGGCAAGAAACGAGCGCAACGGUCAGCAUGCUUUCGCGUGCGACGAUGUAGUUUCCUUGCAUGCUUUCGUGGCGGUUCACACAUGCAGGGAUUAUCGUCCGAAACGGUCCGCUCCGGACAAAACUCGUUCCCUCUUUCUGUCCAUAGUUUGCGAAUUUUUUGCGUCACCACUGAGUUGCUUUUUGUUAACUUCGCCGUCUCCUUUCCCUUUUGCUUCUCGGACUCCUCCCGGUGUACGUGUCGUCCGUAUCUGCAGCUGAACCCGCCGCUGCGUCCUUGAAACUUUCGGCGGCAGAUUCUUGAGUUUCUUCUCAACCGUUUCUCGUCACACUCCGAUACCCUAUCAGCACAUUCGAUUCGCACUUCUGUCCGGCGAUGACGAAGACAUCCUGUACCUUUCCUCUUUAGCUCUGUGAAGCGGUGCGGGGGUUUCCCGUGAUCACUCGCGCUGCAAAUCACUUUUUCUAGUCUAAAACGAGGAGAACCCCCGUUGCCCUUCUCUCCGAAGUGUACCCGGUCGCCGUUCUUCCCUCUGGGUUUCUACCCAGCGGGACGAGGGCACCUUCCAGAGGCUGCCUUUUGCCGACCCCUCCACUCCCCUGCCUCACACCGUCCACAAAUUCUGUGCUGUUUUCCUUUCUCUAGAGGGUGAAUUCGCGAGCUCUAUUUCCGUUGGCUUCCCUGUCUUUGAACCCUCAGUGCUUACUUGAGCCGGUUCCUUUAGACAACAUGUCGGCGCCGCCCGCGAAGCGGAUCGCCGUUACUCUGUCUGGGUCGGCGCCUUCCGCUCCCGCUCGUCCAGCAGAUUCUCGCGCGCUCCCUUCAUCAUCGCGGUCGUUUCAGUCCUCUCAACACACAGCCUCUGUCUCGUUUUCGGCUUCCUCUUCCCGACCUGCCGCAGCACCCCUCGUCUCGUUUAACCAGCCGUCGAGAGCGGCGCCAGUGCUUCUCCCUACCGGAAACUCCACUUCGUCGGCGCCCUCUCCAGCCGCCACCACGCCAGCACCCUCGCAGGCUCCGCGCUUCACAGUCUACGCGUCGACGCGGCAGGCGAAAACUUGCCCGUACUGCGGACCUGCUCGGAACGGCGCUCAGACCAUCGUGUUCGACUCCAGCAGUGGAGACCAGCUGUGCCGGGAAUGUGGACUGAUCGUCGAGGAGAAGGUUUUGAGCGAAGAGCAGGAGUGGCGAAACUUCUCCGCAGAGGCAGCCAGCAGCAGUCGCGGCGGUGCCGACCGCAACCGUGUCGGAGACGCCCUAGACGCCUGGCUAGAAGAUGGAGGCAUCGGAACCACGAUGCUCGUCGCUUCCAGUGGUGGACCGCUCGCGGGGAAGGCCGCCUGGAGUGCGAAGAGGCUUCAACAACUCCACGAAGCCGCCACGUCUGGACUCGGAUCUGGCGUCGGCAGUGGCGACCGACAGCUGAAGGUCGCCUUCAACUACAUCCGCCUCAUUGGCGAGGCUUUCGCUCUCAGAGACAACGUCCUCGAGAGGGCGAAAGAAAUCACCAAGGACCUCAUGCAAGAUGGCGUGCAACUCCGAACACGCAGCAACACCACGACCAUGCUGGCAAUCACUUACCUGGCUUGUCGAGAAGCAGGCGUCACACGGACUGUUAAGGAACUGGUUGUUUACGACCGAGCGAUCUCCGAGAAGGAGCUCGGCAAGGCCAUCAACCGAAUCAAGAAACUGUUGCCGCAGCGAGGCGGAGUCAACAGCGCCGAGUCUGCCACCCAGCUGCUCCCGCGCUAUUGCUCGCGGCUGCAACUCAGCAUGCAUGUUGCUGACGUGGCCGAACAUGUCGCGAAGAGAGCGACCCAAGUCAUCAUUUCUUCUCACAGACCUAACUCCGUCGCUGCGGCAGCCAUAUGGCUGGUUGUGAAGCUGCUGAAUUCCAGCACAAAUCCGAAUUUGCCCAAGGCGUCGGAGAUCGCGAGCGUCACAGGAGCAGGAGAGCAUACCCUGCGGUCCAUCUACAAAGACAUGCUCGAUGUGGCCGAGCACCUUCUCCCUCGGGAGUUCCAGCCAACGGUCGAAGGGGGUCUCGACGGGCUGAGAGCGAGGUACUCAUCAAGGAAAAGAAAGGCCGGUGAGAUUCCACCGUAGAAUCGGAAGAGAAAAAACAACACGCAAAACGACGCCCAUGGACAGCGCACAAGACGGAGGACGGAAGCCGAUGCCAAGCAGCGAAGGAGAGAUGGAUGACGCCUUCUUGUACCUCGAGAGCUUACGAGAGUCGAGAAGAAAAGUAUGUUUCAAAGGAAAGGGUUGCGUGGCGGGGAAGGAAGCGUCGGGUAAAGCCGAUCUUAUUUACACGGCAGCUAGGCGCGAUUGUCUCGAUUAAGGAGGGGAAGCUUUGGAGGGCGUGUCGGUGGAGGCUGGAGGGUGCCGACGGCCACGACAUCCGCGACGAAUGCUCCAGUGAAAAGGCUAGUGAGCUUUGUCGACGGGGCAGGAAUCAACGAAGGAAAACGUUGAAGCAUGCAAGAGGACGGCUGGGGAACUGGACAGCCGCAGAAAGUUCACGGCCGCCGACUGUUCUCCGAGGCCCUGGUUUCUCUGUCCAAACCACCGUGGCCACAACAGUGCUUCUGUUGUGUUUCGUGAAGAAUGAAUUUGCCUGACGGGCGGGGGAGAAGAGUGUAGAAGAUGGGCCACCAACGUUGUCGCAACAACCAGGCAGCGACGCUGCCUUGCGGGAUUUCCAAACCAGGUGUAGAUGAGUUUCACAGUGUUGCUGCGAAUGUGUAAACUUUUUCUGCCUUGGUCUGAGCCAAGUAAGUGCGUCUCUCCUGUGCGUCUUGCUCUUCCUACGAAUGAACGGCGGCACGGUCUUCAAAGAGGCCUGAACUUCUUCGCCGGUGCUUCAUAUGUAACGUUUGUGUCUCUUGCUCUCGUGGUUGAGUUGGAAACUGGAAACCCGAGCCGAGAACAAACGAUCUGCUGGAGAAAUGGAAGUCUGCCUCGACGAAUGCAGAUGGGCUGGGUGAAUGGACACAACGACGAUGCAGAGUGUCGCUUUUCGAACGGUCGACAUGACUUUUUCGUGGCCCGUACGGCAUUCCUGGGCCCGGUGAUUCUCCCGGUCGUAACUCCGUGAAACGUACGCCUUUUCCCGCACGAGCUUGCGCAAUCUAUACGACUGCAAUCCCA